UACCUGUUCUGAAUAUAGAAAUCAAUGUUGUGGGAAGAGAAACAGGGCCUGCAUGAGAGGGAGGUUGAUGCCUGUGAGUGUUUUAGGGAACCAAAAGACCAGAAGAUUUAAAAGCCACACAGAGCUUUUCCUGCAGACCUGGGAUGUAGAGGUUGUAAUUUUUACAACUUCUUCCUCAACUUUAUCUGAGUAGGCUAGCAAACUGAAAUCCAUUUGCCUAAGGAAAAUGGAAGCCCUGAGAGAACUGGUUUGCAUAAGAAUUCUUUGGCUGCAGAAAAUAGGUUUGUAAACAUAUACAUAAUAUUCAAAUAUAAAUAGCCUGUAUCCCCCCUUUUUUAUAGCUGCUCUAACACAGCACCACAGCUAGGUGACUUCAAACUCAGAAACCUUUUCCCCUAUUCUGGAAGAUAACAGCAUUCCCUGCUAGAAUCCUUCCUUGCCUAGCUUCCGGUGGUGGCAGCAAUCCUUGGCAUUCCUUGACUUGUCACUGACUCACUCCCCUCUCUGUCUCAUCACAUGGUAGCCUCCUUGUAUGUCCUUCCCUACUUUUCCUAAGGAAAACAAUUACACUGAGUUAAAGGCCCCCUCUAUUCCAGGAUGACAUCAUCAUCCCUAGCUGCAUCCACUGUGACCCUACUUUCUAAAUAAAGUCAGGUUGGGAGACACUAGAGGACCUCAAUAUCCUUUUUUUUUUUUUUUUUUUUUUUUUUUUAGUGAAAAUAAUUCAACCCACAACAUCAUCCAAACAAAAGACAUUGUGAGAGGGUUUGCUUUUGUUCCCACUGCUCUUGUUAAGCUUCUGGCUUCAUAGAAUUUUAAAGCUAAAAUAGUACUUCCUCUUUGAAAAGUGAUUUUUGACAAGAAUUCAGAGACCAGCCCAAAGUCCAUGGCCAACACCAGGAUCUUUAUAAAGAAACUACUUUUUGAAGUAAACAUUAAAACUUUGACUGGCUUGAAACAUGUCUAGAAUAAGUCACUUCCAGACUGAUAUCAUUUUGCUACAGACUCUCUUUGCUCUAAGAGGCCCAGUUCCUCCACAGAAGAGGGAGAGGGUAGUGGAGGAAAAUAUGUUUGCCCCAUCCUCUGUGACACAAUCCACAGAACCUGAGAGGACAGCCAAAUCAGAGAAGCUCCAAGCUCCCAGUGAAGACCCCACACCUUGUCCUUUCUACUUUCACCUCCAUCCCUCCCAAUACUUCCCUCUCUGGCUCAUUCUUUGUUUGGCUGAAAUGACAGCUGUUUUAAACCAAGACAUUUUGAUCCCUUGAUUCUCAUGUAGGUAAACUAUAAAGCAAAUCCAGCCAAACCAAACAAAUCCAACCCUUUCACAUGCAAGUUAUCCAAUUAUUGUUUUUAUUUCUUCCAAAUGAGAAGUGCAGGCUUUGUGUAGCUCAAGGCAAAUUAUUAAUCUGCCUGAAGAGUCAGUUCACCCAUGGGUAAUCAGCAAACAUGUUGGCACUUAUUAGGGCUGUACAGGUUGGCUUUUUUUUUUUAAGGAUGUGCACAGUCAGAAACAAAGCCUAACCCAUACCCUGGGUCAAUUUGUCAACUUCUAGGCCUUCAUCUUCUGCUUUCUGAAGCAAACAUCCAAGCUUUGAUUGGCUUGUGACAACCCCAGGUCUAAUUUCUUCUGUUCAUGGAAGCAAGCACUAAGGAUGCUUUGUACUUGAACUCUGAAGGGCAGCUCUGACACAUUACCUGUGACAAGAGAAGGGAAGCAACAUGAAGGAAAACGUGGCAUCCACAUCUGCUUUCAUUCUGCUACUUUUCCUCCACAUCCAUCUUCUGAAUGGAGAGUUGCCUCCUGGAAAACCUGUGAUCUUUAAGUGCCGUUCCCCUGAAAAGGAAACAUUCACCUGCUGGUGGAGACCAGGGACAGAUGGAGGACUUCCUACCAAUUACACACUGACUUACCACAAGGAAGGGGAGACAAUUACCCAUGACUGUCCAGAUUACAAAACCAGUGGCCCCAACUCCUGUUACUUUAACAAGAAGCACACCUCCAUAUGGACAAUAUACAACCUCACGGUGAAUGCCACUAACCGCUGGGGAAGCAGUGCCUCGGAACCACAUUAUGUGGAUGUCACAUACAUAGUUGAACCAGACCCCCCUGUGAAUCUGACUUUGGAAGUAAGGCAGCCAGAAGACAGAAAACCGUAUCUGUGGAUAAAAUGGCUACCACCCACGCUGGUUGAUGUAAGAUCUGGUUGGCUCACACUACAGUAUGAAAUUCGAUUAAAACCUGAAAAAGCAGCUGAAUGGGAGACUCAUUUUGCCGGGCAACAGACACAGUUUAAGAUUCUCAGCUUAUAUUCAGGACAGAAAUACCUGAUCCAGGUUCGCUGCAAGCCGGAUCAUGGAUUCUGGAGUGAGUGGGGUCCGGAGAGCUCCAUUCAGAUACCUAGUGACUUCACCACGAACGAUACAACCAUGUGGAUCUUUGUGGCCGUUCUUUCUGCUGUCGUCUGUUUGAUUAUGGUCUGGGCAAUGGCUUUGAAGGGCUCUAGCAUGAUGACCUGCAUCUUUCCACCAGUUCCUGGACCAAAAAUAAAAGGAUUUGAUACUCAUCUGCUGGAGAAGGGCAAAUCUGAAGAACUCCUGAGUGCCUUGGGAUGCCAAGACUUCCCUCCAACUUCUGACUGUGAGGACUUGCUGGUGGAGUUUUUAGAAGUGGAUGACAGUGAAGACCAACAGCUGAUGCCAGCCAACUCAAAAGAACACCCAAGUCAAGGUGUAAAACCCACACACCUGGAUCCCGACAGUGACUCUGGCAGGGGAAGCUAUGACAGCCAUUCUCUCUUAUCUGAAAAGUGUGAGGAAGCCCUAGCCCUAGCCAAUCCCCACACUCUUGAGAUCAUUGAGAAUCCAGAAGCUCCUGAAGCAAAUAUUACUUGCACCCAAGAUUCCCAGAGCAUGCCAGUGGAAGGCAAUAUCCCUUACUUUGAUGCUGACGAAUCUAAAUCCUCAACCUGGCCUUUACCACAACCUGGUCAGCACAAUCUCAGAUCUCCUUACCAUAGCAUUGCUGAUGUGUGCAAGCUGGCUGGAGUCCCUAUAGGGCCAACAGCUAUUUUAUUGGACAAAGCAUCCUGUAAAAACUUUACAACUGGAGAGGAGAGGGGAAAGACAGUUGAGCAGAAGGAAGUGGAAAGUUUCCAUCCCAAGUCAAAUCAGGAUACAGCAUGGCUGCUUCCUCAGGAGAAAAGCCCCCUGAUUGCUGUUAAACCCCUCGAUUACGUAGAGAUUCAUAAGGUCAACAAAGAUGGGGCACUCUCCUUGCUCCCAAAACAGAGCGAGAACAGCCACCAGACAGACAUGUCUAGGGUUCCUGAUUCCAGUAAGGAGUACGCCAAGGUGUCCCGGGUUAUAGAUAACAACAUCCUGGUAUUAAUGCCUGGUCCUCAAGCUCAGAGCAUCGCUUUGUUUGAGGAAUCGGCCAAUGAGAGUCCACCAUCACUUCAACAGAAUCAGUCAGAGAAAGACCUGGCCAUACUCAAUGCAACCUCCAGCAAGUGCGGAAUCCAGCAAGGCGGGCUGGAUUACCUGGACCCUGCAUGUUUUAUGCACUCCUUUCACUGAUCGCUUGACAGAUGAGAAUGAUUGGCCCAAAUGUGAUUUUCUUUUCUUCAGGUAACACUACAACAGUGUCAUGAAAUAGCGCUAAGCGAUAGCAAAUGCUCAAGAAUGUGGGUAGAAUGACACUAUGUUGCUUCUCUUCAUGCUCCAUGUUCUACCACUUGCCUCUUUCUAACAGCUGAUUUCCAGAGCACAUUGUGUCACCGAACUGUGAAUCAUCAAUUUGGCAUUUUGUUUUGUUUUGUUGCUCUUAGUGAUAGAGUCUUACGUGUUCAAUGAAAUAAAAGCACAUUGCUUAGUGUUCUUGAGGGGUGGUACCUAUGGGUGCAUCCCCUUUAUAAAGCUUUCAUGGUUUGCUAGGUGGUAGGGAGAAAUGGAACAGCAAGAAAGAUUUAACACAAGAGAUGAUAGAUAUGUGAGAAAUGCCAUGAAAACCACUUUGGAAAACAAAUUGCUUAACCCUUUGCACUCCUUUUUUAUUUUAUGAUGGUGAUCCAAACAAAAUAUAUUUGUAAGGAAUACAUUCCAGAACACUGCCAAACCUGUUUGCAUCAGUACCUUACUGAUCCAUUGCUGAUAUGCAAGUAAAACAAUGCCUGUAAUUUUGUAAGAGAUAGUUUGAAUGCAUUAAACAGGCAUUUCUUACCCUACGUUUUAUUUCCCUCUAAGGCCUCUGUGCACAUAGUUUUUGGAAAGUAAACUUUUCUUACACAAGAGGCAAAUGAAUCUUAUGUGGUAAGUCCUUCCCGCUUCAUUUUGGCAGGACAAAUAACUUACUAUACACCCAAAUAUUUUCGUCAUGGAAAAAAACAAUCCCUAAGACUAACAUUAAGUUAAGAGAUACUCAUUGCAGGAUGUGAAUAGAAAUGCUGCCUUACUGUACAUACAGAUUCUACUUUAAUAUGAACCUGCUAGUUUCGCAAUGUAUUUUUGAAGACUAUUUUUCUAUUGCUUAGGUAAAGUAAAACUAUUUUCUAUUUCCCAGUGCAGCCGUUUACGUACCCAGUGGGCACAGUACUUUCUGCUGUAAAGUUAUAAUGAGUUCUCAUAGUGUGUCACAGUGUGCAGACCAAACCACUAGAGCAACCCUGGGUUGCCCACUGAAGAAUUUGAAGUGGGUGACAAAAUUCAGUUUCCAACACAAAGAUGUACAUUAUCUGAUUUUUCUUCAUCUCCAGGAUAAUUUAAACAACAGGCCUGCCAAGUUAGGGUUUUAGGGCUCUCCACAGACCAAAAAUGACUUUUCCUGCAAGUUUGGGGCUCCUGCCUAUCUAUGGGUGAGUCUUCUCUUUAAACAUGCUGUUUCAGAGACAGAGAUUUGGCUUGGUUUUGUUUUUCUGGGCAGUCUUGGACAGUAAACUAAUCUUAAGCAAAACCAGGGAUUAAUAUCUCUCUGGAGUAGAUGCCUUUGCAGAAGCUUGGCAACAACAAUGCUCCCAUCAAGAAUGUCCAAAUGGAAACUAGAUAGGAACAGCUUCAAAGGUCAAGUAUGAUGAAGAUAAUCUGCAAGUCUGUUCCAAGGACAUGCUCCCUGAGGUCAAAACCCCCUUGGAUCUGCAUUUUAAUAGGAGCCUCCGUGACUUAUCUACCACAGAAUGUUCCCUCUAUUUUCCAUUUCACCUACUGGAAAAUUUGUUCUUGUCCACUUACUAACUGGACAUUCAGAACAUGAGUCAUCUCCAUGAGUUAAAUAUUCUAUCCCAACAAAUCCCUAGUGGUAGAAAUGUGACCCCUAGGUUCCUUGCUGAUUGAAAGGGAACACAUUGUCAGUGUUUUCAAAAAUAUAGAAGUAAUAUACCUGAGGCUGUAUUUCCCCACCAUUUAAAUAUCUUGUGAGCAAGAGAAACAUUUUGGAAAACUUCCAAACUUGUUCAGUCCUCUAGAUCCUCAAUAAUCAGUGUCUGAGAAUCAACUAUUGGUAUGUCCUGGGUGCUAUCGGAAAUUCUGUUACCAGCACCUCAGGCCCUAUCCUGAACCUCCAAAAUCCAUAUCUGCAGCUUUCUAAAUAAGGUCCCCAGUUAAUUCAUGCACACACUGAAGUUUGAGAAGUAUUGCUCUUUAUGCCCUUUCCGCUAAUGAUGGUUUUAGUGUGUGAAAAUAAGCCUGUCUUGUGUAUAUAGUUCAAAUCUGUUUCACUUGAAAUGAAAGGAGAAAGUAAAAAACAAACAAUAACAACAUUAAUAAAAAUGAAUCUAUUAGUGAUUUAACAUUCAUAUAAUGGUGAAUCUUGGGCAUAUUCAUGUGAGACUGACCUGAAAAAUACACCAAACUUCCCUGAGGAUCAGGGAGUAUAACAUACCUUCUAGGGCAUUGACUAAGGAAAUUAACCUUCAAAGCCAAUGUGGACUAAACCUAUCCCAACAUAAUACAAUCUUCUCCAGUUUAACUAUUGAGAUUAUAUAUGUAUAUACACACACUUAUUUAUAAAAUAUAACUGUGAGAAAAUUUACAAUAUAUACCAAUUGCUCUUACGGUUUGAAACUUAAAAAUAAUCUGCUUUUGACAUGUUUGUUAUUUUAUAUACAUGGAAAAAGGUUAUGGUGAGUUAAAAAAAUCGAACAAUAUCUUUUUAAAGUAUCAAUUACCUUGCCUUAGGCAAGUCUAUAAUUUUAUGACUCAUUAACAUCCUUUCUUUGAGUUUUUAAUACACUGACAUAUUUGACUAGUGGGUUUGUAAUAGUAGCUGUUUUGUUUUAGAGGGACCAAUUCCCUUCUCUGGAGUUCAGACUUCUGGAUUUUCAGAUUUCUAAAAUCUAGAUUUUAGAUUUCUGAAGAAAACGUUGAACCAAAUAAUCCCUAAAUCCUUUAUAAAUUCUGUCUGCUUGAUUCCAUGACUCACUGAAUAGUUUCCUAUGAAGAUAAUCUGGCCAAUGCCUUAUAUGUUAAUUAAGCUAUUAAGUCAUUUUUCUUCAUUAUGGGAAUGGAAGGCAAUCUUCAGUGGUGUGCUCAUCCUUGUUCAACCAUAGCUCCCAUUGGUUUUAAUAUGUCACAAAUGCUUCUGGUUAAAUUCUGAGGAUGUGAUGCAAAUGAUAUUCUAAGGUUAUGUGCAAAUAAAGAUUUAGAGAAGAGAUAUACAAGAUAAAAGAGACAUUGAAUGAGAGACAUUAGUCUUUACAACAGUGAUUGCUAACGGACUUGAAGCCAUGUUUUUUUCUGCCUGAGUCCAACAGCCUCAGAUACCUUUUCUCUUUUCCAUCUUUCAUCAUAGUUUACAAAUGACCAUGACACAAAUGGCUUGAGUCUUAGGCUGCAAUAUUUAAGUUAUGAAGAACAAAACUGAAUAGAGUCAGUGGAUGAUUUUGUGGAAGCAUAUGACUCAAACAGUAAAAUGUUCUCUGAGCAGUUUUAAAUGUAGAUAAGGCACAGGUUAGUGAGCACAAAUUACUGGCAACUGUGUCAUUGAUUUUUUUCUUUCAGCAGAUGCUACAUUUUCCUAAGUGCCUACAACCAGUCCUGAUAGUCAGUUAUGGACUAAAGACUUGAUGUAACUGGUCUUGUCUAAAAGGAUCAAUCUCUUACUACUCAAAUAAGAUCAAAACAAUUUUACUCCAUGUCCUCUGGUGAUCUGCUGGCUGGGUGAAUCCUGAGUUAAUGAGUCACUAGAGGAUCUGAGCUCCACUGAACACUUUGUCUUAGAGGAAAUCUGGCUUAUUUAUUAUUUUUUAGCUGCCUGCUAUUGUCGAUCGUUUUCAGAAAGAUUUAAUCCUGCCUUUAGCACCUUCCCUAUCUCUUCAGAGUAUUCAGUAAACAGGAAAGAACAAAUUUGUAUAGGUCUUACCAAGUGCCUUUCAUUUGUUAAAAUAAAUAAAUAAAAAUAUUUCAGUUUGCAAGAGACGUAUAUUGGUUGGAAAACAAAAUGUUUUUUAUAUGAAAAAAAAAGAAGGAAUAACCAGAAAGGGAAUCACAAGAUAAUGGAAGGACUAGCCAGUGAGCAGUCAGUGAAUUUUUUAAAUGUAUUGAUUAUCUGAAUUAUCACAAAGCUGAUGUGAAUAAUGUGAAUCCCAGACUUCAUAUUCUGAAACAUGUUGACGCCGAGUAAACAGCACUAAAUUUUGUAUGCCAGGGCGUGAAAAGGACACUAUGUCACUUGGAAAAUUUGCACACAGAUGAAGAACUAUUAGUGAAUUUGAAUUACGAUCCCAUCUGUUGUUGACAGAUUUGCCAAUGAUGGGACCUGAGUGGGUGUGUCAGUGGACAGAUGUUUUGUUUUUUUAAAUUUUUUUUUUAAUUUUGUGACUCAAGCACAAUGUUGUCAUUGCUGGGAUAGAGACCAUGCACUGCAGAGUCCAAUCUAGGUCAUGGCACUAGCACUGCCACUUAACAGGCUAAAUGACCUUGAGGAGUCCUUUAAAUUCUGGCCUUUAGAUUCUUCUAUUAAAUGAGCGGGUUGGCUGAGAAAUAUUUCUAAAGAUGUGUCUUCAAGCUCUGUCUUUAUUUCUCAUGAUUUGAGUAAAAUCCAAGAACGCAGGUCAAGUAUAGUGCAGGAAUACAUUACUGAUCUUCUCUUGAUCUAAGCAGUGGAUGACUGAGAUGAUGUAUUUUCAAAAAUGCCUAAGAGUAAAUCAGAUCAUUUCUACAAUUCAGGUGGAUUUGACAUACUUCCUUGCCCCCUUCCUCGUUUUAUAUACUUAUAGACAUUUUACUUCCUUAUUCUAAGGCCCAUUAUUUUUUCUAUGACUUAGUUGUAUACAGUAAGAACUACAGGCUCUAUAAGAAGCAAAAUGAUUCAUAAGCAGUGACCUCUGGCCUUCCAAAGAACUAGUCAAAUGUAAAAUCAUCCACACAGAUAUCCAAGCCUAAUUUGAGAGUCACAUGUACACCCAUUUAGAGGUUUGCAUUCCUAAUGAUUUGAACCCAGUUUGUUAUUUGGUUAAUAUAAAAGUCAUAAAUAAAUCCAAGCUGCCCUGAUGAAUAGGUAUGGAAGUCUUAAGGAGAAAUUUAAAAAUAUAAAAUAACUUCUCCAGAGCUAAUGAUCUAAAUAGAAAUUCUACUUGGAAUUAUAACCUGGAUUUUCUAUUAUUACUAGAUAUAUCAUGUGCAAAUCAAACAAGCAUACUCUCCCUAGAAAUUUUCUCUUCAACAAGGUGAUUUUUAGUCUGAGACUUUCAUAGUAUCUACUACAAUUAAAAUGAAAAGAUAGAAAAAAUAGAAAAUAGGUUGUUUCCAAAAAUUUGGAUAUCUCAGGAUUCCAGAAAAUACCGAGGAGUCACUAAACUCAACUUGUAUUGAAAACAGUGAAUCUGUAUUCUUUUCAGCAUUUUGACUUUGUAGCUAAGAGUUGUACAUAAUUCACAACACCAUAGGCUGGUAGAUGUUCACAUCCAUUCUUUUCAGCUGUGCCUUGAUUUCUAUUUAGGAAGUGUUACAACAUGUAAAGUAGAAAGACAUUAGUUAACAUCUUCCCUGCUGCUAUUUUAAAAGAAAAGAAAACUCUAAAGAGACUUCUGGACCAAUAAUAUCAAACCUGUACCAGUAAUAAUCAAAAAUAAAAUCUUUAAGAGUUAUAGCCAAUGAUACUUCAUCUACAUUGAGUUUUUCUUUUCACAUUUUUUCAAACCUGGGUUUAGGAUAUUUUUAUCUUGGUAUCUAAAAUUUAAACAGUAUAUGGGGGAAAUACCUCUGGAAAAAAUAUCAGUGGUUUUGUAAAAUUCUUUAAAAAUGGUUUUUAAUUUUUAAAAGAACACUACCUCCCCUUCAUGUCCUAGUGACUUUCCUUCAAAGCUGCUUGUAGUUUAGAAAUGGAAGAUGUUACAUCUCAUGAUUUAACUGGAUUUGGUGGCAGAGUUGAUAUAUUUGUCAAGGGACAAUCCUGAACUUAAAGUAAUCAUUAUAUUAUUUUUUACUAUAAUGCUUUUUUGGGAUUCAAGAUCAUUUUAUGCCAUAUUGAUAUAAUAUGUAUAUAAUCCUCAUGUUAUAAAAUUAUCCUGUACUACAAUGAAAAUCAUUUUAAUGAGUUAAUUUCAAAAUGAUUAUGUCUAUGUCUGUGCAACAAAAUGUUUUUUUAAAACGUGAUCAUAUAUUUCUGUCGAAACUGUGAAUGUACUAAUUUUUUCCUUAAUCUUUAUCUAGAAUAGUAUUGUAUGAAACUGUACCGCCUAUCUGAGGUGUUGGGUGUUUGAAGAACAAUCCAACAAUUGUUUAAGUGUUAACCUCUUAGCUUUGCUUUAAGUGACCUUCCUGAGUGUUGUUUGUGUCACAAGGCUUGCUUUACUGCUUUAUCAUUCAUUUUAAGCCAAUUUUAAGAGUCUCCUGUGAAAACCAAAGCAAUCUAGACUGGCGACUGAGUGAUUGUGUCUUCUGUAAAGCCAUAUCAAAGUGAAGACUCUAUCAUAGUCAUAGCAUAAGAUUGUUGUAUUCUCAAAGCUACCACUACCUCUGCUCUUCCCCUUUCCCAGAAAAUGCCAAACAAAAUUAUCCAACACCAAGUCAGAUAUUAGAAGUGAUCAUAACAGUAAAUAGGUGGUUGUUUAUUUACAUUAGAAAACACUUUCUAAUUCACCACUUUUCAGGUUUAUUCUAGGCUUUCUGACAAACCAUUUUUACAUUUCAAUGUUUUAUAAAUGCUGGCUGAUAAAACCCAGAAAGACUACAUACUAAGACAUCAGAUUUAGAGAGCAACAAGAAAGCUAUAUAAAGUGCAGACCUUUGUCUUAAUGGUGAAUCAUCUCAAGGUGAUUACCCAAAGCCAUGAUAAUAUAUGUCAUUAUAUUGAAAAUACCCAACUCAGUGCCUGGCUCAAUAAAUGUUGCUUUCCCUGUCUAUCCUUCCAGUUAUUUUUUUAUUUAAAAAAAAGGAGCAGAAUUACAAUGUGCAUGGCUGAAGCAAUUUUCUUGAAGACUUUUGCUGCCAAAAGAUGUAUCUUCAUAAAUUACAAUCUGACUUCUCCAAAAAACUAUUUCUCUUAUUUGCUUUUAGUCAUUAAUAUAUUAUGGUAUUCUAUUAUGGGAAAUAUCAGAAAUUUAUCAAAAAUAAUGUUGUUUUGAUUUUAAAACUCAUGUCUAUAUUUUAUUCUAUUUAUUCUACAUGUUAGUUUACUUUUUUCUUUGUAACCCUGAACAAUGACAGAAAAUUACAGUCAUCCAGUUUGUUCUUUUCCAGUUUUUCAUUCUGUAAAUCUACAGUUAUUAUACUUUGUGCUUCCUGUUUUCCAUUUUGUAUUUAUUUUUUUCCUUCCAUCUGUGAGAAAAGUAUGGACAGGUAAAUCCUUGUCAUUGCUUUGGGAGAUUAUGUAUGCUAAUUGCUAUCACAUGACUUCAUUUUCACUGCAUGCCAAAAACAAUGCUUGCUAAACAAAACCUUAGACACCCCCAGUAUAAGAUGGUCAUUCUAUUUCUAUUUUGUAUCGUUACUGAAAAUACUCAGCUCAGUGCCUGGAUCAAUAAAUGUUUAUUUCCCUUG